CACGACCAAACCGUAACAGUGAAUGAGAACUAGUAGCCUGGUGUAGAUGCUGCCAAUUACAUAAGCACCCUCGGUCAUUUACUACGGUUUGUAGUUCAAUGGAGCCGCCUCAGACUUGAAAACUGAUUUAGUACUGUAGUAACGAUGGCGGCGUCAUCUCGGGCAUCGAACGCUAGUUGGGACCCAGUCCUACUUAUAUCUCAGGCAUGUUCUGCUUUCUCCUGUUCUGUCCGCAUUGGCCUAGACUGUCUGCGUCCACCUCAGAUUAUUUCAAUGCAAACCCUUCACUACCUAACCCUCUCCGUCCUCAUCCCCCCAUUAUUGUCUAUCUUUGCGGAGGCCGGCGCACUCGUCUUCGAAGGAGGGGCAACAAAUGUCGGUGCGUCUCAUAACCGCAGAAUCAUAAGCUAGAGUUGAGAGGGAAACCGCACCAGGGAUGAUCAUGGAUUGGCGAGAAAUGGCCGGCCGUCCAACAGUCCGUGGAAUGCAGGGCGAAGAUAGGUGGGACGCUUACUAUGGCGCCUGGAGCGGCGGUAAACAACUCGGUUCCGGGUGGGAGGAAGGCAGGUGGGACGGAUGGACCGACCCUAUGCGAGGUUGGGUAAUAGCAUUCUCAUGGAUGAUAGCAUCCUUUGCAGACAUAUACUAUUUAUGUAUUCUCAUUCGACGACCGCGCUUCAUCUUGGAUUUCGCGCUAACGCUCGCCUUCAGUCACCUCGUACUCACAACUUAUUACUCGGCUUCAAUACCCACCUCUCUGUUCUUCUGGCUCGUCAUUUUCGCAUGGUCAGCAAUAACAGUAAUAAUUGCAGAGCAACUCUGUGUGAAGAGAGAGAUGGCCGAAGGAUUGGUUAUUUCUCCUCCGAGGGACGAAGCGGAUGAUUUGGAGAUGGGAGAAUCGCUUCGCAGAGAUUAAGUGAGUCCCCGUGUAUCUUGUGGUCCAGCUGCUUGUAGUACUGGUCUUAAUUUAACUGAAGCCCCUUUGCAUAUGCAAUAACUGGCGGUGUCCAGCACCAUCUAGAUUUUGCCAAGGUUUGAGUGGCGUAGAAGAUAUCACCAAAUUGUUCAAUGCUUAGCCUUCUGCAAAAUUCAUUACCGUUUAGGUGAGCUAAACUGGUUGCAAUUUGAAACACCUAGCGA